AUGCAUACAUCAAUAGAUAUAAUUCGUAUCGCAUACGUUAUGUUGUUUUGGUUUAUAAUUAAACAAGUAUCUGCAAUCUCGGACGCACAAAAGUCUGGCAUACAGAAAGAGUUGGUAAGCGUUGGUAUAAAAUGCAUAAAGGAUCAUCCUCUAUCACUAUCCGAUAUUAGGGCGUUUAAAAACAAAAUGAUGCCCAAUGGGAACGAUGCUAAAUGUUUCGCCGCGUGUCUGUUCAAGAAGGUUGGAGUGAUGGACGAUAUGGGAAUGAUAUCACCAGCUAAGGCACGGGAAAACGCCAUGAAGGUGUUCCAUGGAAAUGAAGAACAUCUGAAGAACGUUGAUGAAAUUAUGAAUAAAUGUUCCUCAGUAAAUCAACAAAAAACAGGUGACGGACAAAAAGGCUGUGACAGAGCCAAGCUUGCGUUUGGAUGUUUUGUAGAAAAUGCUCCUAAAUUCGGCUUCGAUUUUGAUUUCUGAUGAAACAUCAUUUCGAGAACAUUCGAAGGCAGUUAGAAGUUUGUUCAUCUAUGUUUUAUUUAUAACUUGUUGCUAAGAGCUAAAAUUAAAUCGUUU